AGUGGGUAUAAAUUAAAUCUCUAUGAAUUUAGUUAAAGGCUGAAAAAAACAAAAAAAAAAACUCGAUGAAAGUCAAGAAAGAGAUUUGGUUUACAUCUUUAAAUUAUUUGCCUUUUAGUGAAAAGGUAAUUUAGACACAUUAUUUUAAAAAGUUUUCCACAAGUAUAAUGUGUCUUAUAAUGUAACUGAAAAGAUAAAAUAUGAAUUUUCGUGUAAAUUUUUCACAAGACAAAAUAUGCAUUUUUUAAAAAACUGAUUAGAAAUUUAAAAUUAUCGAAGCUAAACUAAGAAUCUAUGGUUUUUUGACAUGUUAUUUUCAAAACAAUUUUCAGAUGUUAAUUUCAUGUUUUUUUUUUUGAAGAACUUUAAAUUGCAUUAAAUUUUGUUGAUUUAAGAUUUUGUGGACCUUAACUUUUGUUAAUUUAAAUACCAUUUUAAGUUUUAUUGAUUUUGAAUACCAUGACAAAUCAGACUUUUCAAACAUGAAAUCUUAAAAGUUGUUGACUUAUAAGAUUUAAAUGACUCCAUUUGAUUCUAUCAAUUUUCUUUUUAGUUAAAAAAUUAUUCUUAUAAGGGAUCAUACAUGUAUUAUGCCCAAAAAAUCUCUAAUUAUAAUUUUGUAUGGUAUCAGAAUGUUUUAAGUUUUACUAAGAUUUUAAUGAUUUUGAAAAGUUCAUCUAUAUAUACAACGAUCAUUCUUAGAUUAUUAGCUAUGCAAAAAAUAAACUCAAAAGUAAAUUAGAUUGUUGAACCUUUUAUCUAGGAUGAAGUCUUCAAAAUUGCACUUUGUUGUUCUUCUCAUCAUCAUUUCUUUCAUUCUUAAUAUUCAAUCUGCUCGAAUUAUCGAUGAUUCAUUAAGCGAUUGUGAAUUCAAAGGACCUUGUCAAAAGAAAACAGAUUGUUACAAGAGAUGUGGAGUAGGCAAACCACCCUUCAAAAUUGCUCUGUGUGAACCUUAUGGAAGUUUACGUGUAUGUUGUUGUGUCUAAUUAUUAAUAGCCUCAUUUGAUAGAAGUUAUGUCUUUUAGUUUUAUCUGAAAGAAAAUAUAUAUAGCAAUAUGAUAUGCUUACACAGAACUACAUUUUUACUUACACUUUGGAUAACAUAUAUCAAAUUACAUCUCUUCAAUAUAUGGAGGGUUUUAGAUAAAACAAAUUAUGGAUGAUUCAUCAAGCGAUUGAUAACUAAUAAUAAAAAAUAAUAGAUAAUCACAUUUUAAUAAUUUAUUUUAUUGGCUGGUGGCGUUAUUUAGAAUUUUUUUAUCAUAUUUAGUAUAAAAUAUUAAGCAUUUAUUAUAAAAUGCUUAAAUUUUGACUAGUCAAAUUUAUUUAUUUAUUUAAAUUUUUGUUCUAACAACAAUAACACAUCAGCUGAAAACACAUUUUGCUAAUGAUUUAACUUAAAUCUAUGUAAAUAUAAUAUAAAUAAACUUAAUAAGUAUAGGAUUAAAUGUAAAUUGAGGGCUCGAUAAAUAAGCGUUUGAGUUUGGCAGACCGAUUUUUCGUUCUAUCAACGGUGAUCCUUGGGAUUAUAGGUUUUUGGACUUUGGCACUCUUUUUUCCUAAAUAGGUUAUAUUGUUGACCAACUCUUUAUGUUUCUUCUUUCGUUGGCAUGAAAUUUUAAUGGUGCGAAUGGUAAAAAAAAAGUAUAAUUGGAAUAUUGAAGUUGAUUUUGGUAUUAGAUCAAUUAUGAGUUCUACGGAAACACAUGGUAUAAAAAGUUGAUAUGUAUGCUAUUUUUUAGAGGCGGUUCCAUAUGGGUGGCGUGUGAUCGAAGAGGUAUCCUACUAUUACAAAUUUUUGGUCCUUACAAAAAAAUUUGUACUUACUCGUGGAUGUUUCACUUACUUCUGAAGUUGCGUAGAAAAGCUAUUUAUUUUAACCUUUAAUGGAAGUUGGAAAUGGCUCUCAAUUUUUUUGGUCGAAUCCCUGGACGCUAUUGUUCUCAGUAAUAGAUUUCUUAGGUUUUUCGAGUGCUGCCUCUAUGGGAAUUUCAUUGCCCUCUCUUGCAAAUGAGAUCUCGUCUGGCGUAGGUGGAACUAGCAUGGAGUUAGAUGAUAUGCUCAAAUUAACUUUCAAGCUACUCUCUCAAAUAAGGGGUUCAUUGUAGUACUUUAGAAUUGUAUCCAGAGAGACUCGAUAUUUCACACAAUACACUUUAGCAUCAGACUAUGCUAGGUCAAAUUAUAUACAUCAGUAAAAAUAACAGAACAGGGUGAACAAGGUAGUUGUUCGAUUCAUUGAUGAGUUGUUUGAUGGAAGGAUGGUUGCUCGACUUAGGGUUUCAAUCAGGUUAUCAUGACUCUAUCUAUAGAUGCUAAGGGUUGAUCCUAGAACUUCAUAUAAGCAAGUAAACCAGCUCUCGCAUGCGCUUACUAAUCAGAUGCUUGGAACCAUGUGAUUCCAGCUAUCGCAUGCGAACUUAUGAAUGAGCGUCGAUCGAUACUAUAGAGUGAGUUUCCAUUGACCUCGUUCCAAACAAGCGUUAAGAACCAAUUUGAUUUGUUCACUAAGUUAUCUAAACCAGCUUUCGCGUGCGCCUAGAAACCUAGCUCAGCAAGAUUCAAUUCAGGUAAUAGACUAGCUCUCGCGUGCGUCUAACUAUCCUAUGAUCAUGUAACUAGUUAAUUACUCUUGAAACAAGCAGUAAGAACAAUCAUAUUGAAGAAUCUAUUAAAGAACCCUAGCGUAUCUAUAUUUCAGAAGAACAUCAAAAACCUAGAAAAUUUAGAUCUAGCAGGUGGAUCUACUCAGACAUGAUAGUUAUCACAGAAAAUCAUAAAUUGAAUAGAUAUAAAAUAGAUAAAACCAAAUAAGAAACAAAAGGGGUUCCAAGAGGACUCUGAAUGAGUUCAUUUCUUCUCUCCACUACAGGAAAUGUGGGUAUUAAUAGCUGGCGUUAAACGCUAUUAGUUUGUUUUAAUAGUGUUCCCUAAAACGCUCUGACAACGCCCGUUAUCGUAGGUCCGACACUUUUAAUAGCAGAUCUUUUGAAUGCUAUAGUUUAAUAAACAACAAUAGCAAAUGUUUCGUGUUAUUAAUUUAUUUUUAAUUAUCCGAAAAUUUAUUAAAAAUAAUUAUCAAACCAAACCAAAUUAAAAAAUAAAAUUAAAAACUACACCUAAACAUAAUUCAUAAUUAAAUAAUUCAUAAUUAAAAAUUUUAUUUUAUUUAUUAAUUAAGAUCAGUAUACAAAUAGUUAGUUUACACUUAAUAAUCAGUUGAUUUCCUAACAUUGGUUUAUACACAAGUCUGGUUUAUUAAACUAACCCUGUCUAAACCAAACUUAAUAAACCAACCAAUACUAAACCUAAUCUACGCCACUCUGUCGUCGCCUUUCUCUUCCAUCUUCUCGUCUUCCCUUCUUACGUCUAUGUCUUCUCCCUCUUUCUCUUUUUCUUCUUCUUACUCGGCUCAUCUACAUUAGCACAGCUUCAUAUCCGGCUUCUUCCUGUAACAAGAACAAACAAAUCAAAAAUCAAAUUAAUUUCA